AUGAAGCUCAUGUAUUGGGGGCUUGCCCUCGGGCCUACUAUGCUUCAAAUGGGAGCAGCAGCACUUGAUUCUUCCGAGAAUAGCGCUACCAAACCAUCUGGCCAUAUUGUAGUCUUCAAGCGAGAGUUGACAAAUGAUCACAUCGAUAGGCACAUUGACUGGGUGAACCAAAUGCACAAAGGAAACCUAGACGGCAGGGACGAUACGGACCAGUCACAGGGUAUUAAACAUACCUAUCGCUCAGAUGCCAUUGGUUUUCACGGCUACUCGGGUAGAUUCUCUGAUGAAGUGCUUCAGCAAAUCAAGCAACACGAACAUGUUGACUUUGUGGAAGAAGAUCGAAUCAUCACCCUUGAACCUGGGAAACGAGACCAAGGCCAGGGCGAAAACCCGCCCGUAGACGCGGGCAACCGGAACAAGAAGAACGGUGUUGGCAUCUUACGCCAGGGACAAGGGUACAACUCGUUCCUAGAAAAGGGACGAAUCUUCGAUGCUAUUGUCUGGCGUGACAAUGCGAAGAGGGAUCAGGAAGAUGGUUCUGCAGCCAAUGAGACGUUUCAAGCUGAGAAAACAAUGUUUGAGUUCACGCCACCUAGCACUGGACCAGGGGACUUUGCAAACAUUGACAUGAAGGAAUACUUCACGGUGCCCGAGACAAGCGAGAUCGAAGAACGUGUCGCUGCUGAAAUAAAGGAGCUAAAGGAGGAGAUGAAGAAGCAAGCAGAGGGAAAAGCCAAAAUGAUCGAAACGAAUGAAAUACAGACUCGGGCUGAGAAUGCAAGGUGCCCCGGUAUUUUGAGAAAAGAGUACAAGUUGACAGAAGAUUACAAUGCCGAAGCCUCACUAAGCUUUUGGGGUGUCAAGGCAGAUUUAAGCGUAGAUGCCAAGAAGCAGCUGGAAGAAGUAAAUAAGCAUAUUAAUGUGGAAGUAUCACUAUUCUACCAAGGAGAGUUGGGCAUCUUCAUGGAAAGAGAUGAAGGAGCACCCAAGGACAUCUCGGCUGGAUCUGUGGAGGCAGUGCUCGGCCAGGUAAAGUCGUGGGCCGACAAGUUCGAGAAGCAUGCCUGCAAUCAGGACUAUGCUUACGGGCCCCUUCUCAAUGAAUACACCGUCCUACCAGCAUUCAAUCAAUUGGACGACAGUCCACAAAUUCCCGAUUACACUAUUGCGCAUAUAUGGGCUCUCGAGAUUUUACGUCUUAUGGUCAAGAUUGAGGAGCAAAAGAAAGUGCUAUCGUCCGGGGCCGUUUUGGACGACGCUCAGAAGAUUGAAAUGACGGCUGCCGCAAUAGAUAUGAUGGAAAAAUGCAAGAAAUGGGUAUACUCAUAA